AUGGAGUCAUAUCUCAGUAUUUCCAACCUACCGUUUUUCUUGGACCGGGGGAUCACAAUUGACAACUUGGUGGAGCAGAAACAGUCGAAUGUUGCAAGCAAAAAGACUUCAAUCGAUUGCAAAAGACUAGUCACAUGUGCAUUCUCCCCUCAAAUCACUGUCACAAGCUCUGCUAAUGCUGAUAAUUUAGCGAGUGAUUUUGGAUUUCACUCUUUCUUCCAAUUGCUGAAACCUUUUGGUGACCAUAUUCAACAUAAAUUCCAAAUUAAAGAUUCACAAUUAGUUUCAAGAACAGCAGAUGAUUUCUCAGUGCGGUUCACAAGACCUCUAAGUGACUUAUUGAGUAUUCAAGAAGCUGAAAUCAAGGAAAGAAACAAGGUGCAAUUGUUCAACCAACAUAGUUUUGAACUUUUGCUUGGUGAAUAUAUUCAAGCGAUAAAUCCACAUUUAAGAAAUGCACAAAAAGCAAAUGAUAUACGGUUGCAAUCCACUUUGAAAAGUUCAAUGUAUAUCAAGUUUUUCACUAAGCUUUUAAGCUCUUCUUUGUUGACUUCAUUUGAAUCUUUAAACCAUCCAGUGGCAUCAUUCAUCGUUAUCAGUGCCGAUGACCCAUAUGAUGAGGCAAGAAGAUUAUUGAUUGAGUUUAAAAGCACAAAAGUCCCAGAUUUCAUGAAUAUUGAGGAUAUCUUACCUCUUUUUAUUAUUGUAUAUGACGAAGUGAAAGAGACAGAUCAACAAAAGGCUUUCCAACUGAAAGAUCAUAUCAAAAAACAAUUAUUCACAGAUGCAUUUACCUUGGGCAUAUCAACAAAUAAAGAAGCUAAAAGUCAACUCCUCAGUCCACCAGUUCUGUCAUCUAUAGAUGAGGAGCUACAGAAUACACAUUUAACAUCAAUAGGUAAUCCAACGCUCCCUGUUUCAACGAUUACGUCAAUUUAUCAAGUUUUGAAAGAUGUGAUUCAAAGAAAGUUAAUACCAUUCAUGGAGAAAAAAAUUGCCACUUGGGAUGAUCAAGUGAUAACACCAAGAAAAAGUUUAACUGGAAGAUUUUUCAGUGUAUCAAAAAAAUAUUUCGGAAAGAAUCCUCAAAAUAAUAAUGAACAAUCAAGUAACUACAAUAUAGAAAGAGGCUCUUAUGGAUUUGGAGCUGUUGAGUCGCUCACAAGAAAGCUGGCAGAUUGGUCGUUUAUGUUAAGAGACUACAGGUAUGCUUAUACAUCAUAUGAGCUGGCCAAAAAGGAUUUUCUGUCAGAUAAAGCUUGGGCACACCUUGCAUCGUGUCAAGAAAUGGCAGCUAUAUCUUUAUUAAUGGGUGCUACAAAUAUCACAUCAAAAAUCAAAAAUGAUACAAUUGAUCCUUUGGUUGACUCUUCGAACUAUACAUUCUUAUCAAGAUGUGGCCUAAAAACAUAUGCAUUAAGAUCGAUAUUGAUUGUCUCAGAACUUUUCUGUACCUUAAGAGAUGGCUGGACUAGUGCACCUGCUGCUUUAAAAUGGGUACAAAAGGCAAUUGAUGAUAAAUCCGUUGGAAAAAUAGGAAGAUCGUUACUUUUGGAAAGAAUGAGUUAUAUCAAUUCAAUCUAUAUGUCAAGUCAAGCCAAGAUUAUUCUUUCAAAGAAAGCACAAGAUAAUGAAAAAGAAAAUGAAGAAGACAAAGACAAGGAGGAAUAUGAGCCUAUUUUCAAUGAGCAAAAGAUUGUCAAAGAGAAUAUGGGUACAAUUGGAUUUACGAAUAAUAGAAAAGCAGCAUUAUGGAAUCUUUUGGCUGCAAAAGAUUGGGAUCCCGUUUCACAACCACUUCAAGUUCAAAUAUGUCUAAAUUCAACUGAAGACACUUACGGAGGCAAAAUUUUUGCUGAAAGAGACUCAAGUUUGUAUCAAAGACUACUAACUGUAUCCCAGAAACAUGUACGAGACUAA